CUGCCAUCGCAACAUUGAUCCAAACUCAACAAGAAUUAACAGAUGCCCUCAACUUAAGAGGGAAUACAAAUGCCAAUGCGGAUAUAGCACAGCUUGUCCCUAAUACUAAUAACAACACCCCAAAGAUUAGUAUUAGAAUCUUAAAUUACAAGGGCGAAUCACAAGAGAACGUUGUUGCCUGGCUACUCCAGACUAUACCGGGAGCCCUUCAAGUAGUCAACAUUAUAGAAAAAAAAAGGAGAAUUGUUUUAAGUGUGGAAUGUCAGGACAUUAUACAAAAAACUGAUGAACCUAACCAGCCACUGCAUAUCAUAACCAACAAUAGCCUAGAACUAACACAGGUAGAAAAAAAUUGCGAAUGGUUAUUGAAAUUUAACGGCAAAAUCAACGAUCACCCUGCUUGGAUUCUUCUUGAUAGUGGAGCGUCCCGCAAUUUUAUUGACAAAGAUUUUGCCACCCAGAAUAAACUAACAUUAAAUACCGAAACCAUGGUUAUAUCAUGCCAACCCCAGCAUCAAUUGGAGAAAAAAUAUCUUGGUUUUCCCAAAGUUAUUGAAGUCCAAGCAGACUCCCAAAAAACACCUAAGAAUCCUAGUUGUAACUCAGUAUUUAUAUCCCAGCAACAAUUAGCCAAAGUGCCUGACAGUGAAGAAAUUUUUACCCUACAUAUUAGUCAAGAAAGUAAUAAAGACACCAACACCCAACAACCAGAAGUCCAAAAAAUUCUUCAAAAUUUUAAUGAU